AUGGUGAAAUUACGGAUAAGGAGAACGCGAGUCGACCUCAGAACCUCAGGUUUUGAAUCUAAAGGAAGAAUACGUGAACUUUCUUGGGCUAAGGGUAAAUUAAAACAGGCACGAAAAUUUGCUACUCGUUUAGCGAAGACGUUAAAACCAACUGAUGAUAGAAUAGAUGAGAAAAACCGAGUAAUAAGGAAGAAGAAGGAGGAUGAACAAGCGAUUAAAAUCACUGAAACGCCUCAGUUCUCAUCGGCAAUGUUUUUGAGAUAUAACAAUCAGUUGGGCCCUCCAUUUCACGUUAUAGUUGAUACAAACUUCAUCAACUUCUCAAUCAAGUAUAGAAUUGAUAUGAUGCAAGGCUUUAUGGAUUGCCUUUUUGCAAAAACUACUCCUUACAUAACGGAUUGUGUUCUGGGUGAGCUCGAGAAACUGGGUCAGCGAUGUAUAGUUGCAAUGAAAAUAAUUAAAGAUAGCAGAUUUAAACGCCUCAAAUGCAUGCAUAAAGGGAUCUAUGCUGAUGAUUGUAUAGUUCAGCGUGUAACCCAGCAUAAAUGCUACAUUGUUGCAACUUGUGAUAAAGACUUGAAGAGGAGGAUUCGGAAAAUACCCGGAGUGCCGAUAAUGUACAUAAGCCAGCAUAGGUAUUCUAUAGAACGGAUGCCCGACGCUUACGGUGCUCCAAAAAUGUGA